AUGGCGCCCAAAGCAAUCAUCGCACCCUCGGUGCUGAGCGCCGACUUUGCCAACUUCGGCCACGCCUGUGCCCGCACCAUGGAACAGGGCGCCGACUGGCUUCACGUCGACAUCAUGGAUGGCCACUUUGUGCCCAACAUUACGUUCGGCGCGCCCGUUGUUGCCAAGAUCCGAGGCUUCGUCGACAGGCCGACCGAGAACCAUGGCCGUGGUACUUUUGACUGCCACAUGAUGGUUGCAGAGCCCAAGAAAUGGGUCAAAUCUUUUAAAGACGUCGGCUGCGAUCUUUAUUGCUUCCACUAUGAGGCUGCCUUUUCCACUGAUGCUACGGACCCUGAAGCCGCCUCCGAGGGCAAGACGAACCCCCGAGACCUCAUCCGCUAUAUCCACGACAAUGGCAUGCUCGCCGGCAUCGCCAUCAAGCCCGAAACCUCUGUCGAUGUGCUGUGGGAGAUUCUCGAAGCUUCAGACCCCAAAGAACUACCUGACAUGGUUCUUGUCAUGACGGUCAACCCAGGCUUUGGCGGUCAAAAAUUCAUGGCCACGGAGCUUCCCAAGGUGCAGGCUCUGCGCCAACGAUACCCGGAACUCAACAUCGAAGUAGACGGCGGCCUCGGACCAGGCACCAUUGGCCAGGCUGCCGACGCGGGCGCCAACGUCAUCGUCGCCGGCAGCGCCGUCUUUGGCGCCAAGGACCCGGCCGAGGUGAUCUCCCUGUUACGAACAGCUGUUCAAGACAGGAUCGGCAAGCUCUAG